GGCCCGCGGCGAGGCCGGAGGCGGGCAGGGGCUCGGGCCGCGCAGGGGCGCCCCCACCGGCGGCGGCUCGGCGACAUGGGCCGCUACUCGGGCAAGACGUGCCGGCUGCUCUUCAUGCUGGUGCUCACCGCCGCCUUCUUCGUGGCCGAGCUGGUCUCGGGCUACGUGGGCAACUCCAUCGCGCUGCUGUCCGACUCCUUCAACAUGCUGUCCGACCUGAUCUCGCUGUGCGUGGGGCUGGGCGCCGGCUACGUGGCGCGGCGACCCCGCGGGGGCCUGGGGGCCACCUACGGCUACGCGCGCGCCGAGGUGCUGGGCGCGCUGAGCAACGCCGUCUUCCUCACCGCGCUCUGCUUCACCAUCGCCGUGGAGGCCGUGCUGCGCCUGGCGCGGCCCGAGCGCAUCGACGACCCCGGGCUGGUGCUCGUCGUGGGCGCGCUGGGGCUGGCCGUCAACGUGCUGGGGCUGCUCAUCUUCCAGGACUGCGCCGCCUGGCUCGCCUGCUGGGGCCCCCGCCGCCGCCCGCCGCCGCCACCGCGCGAGCAGCCCCAGCCCCCGGCCCGGGGCCGCGCCCCGAGCGCCAUCGGGGGCCCCCGCCGGCCCUCGGCCGCCGCCCGCGGCGUGGCGGCCGCUGCAAGGCAGGACGAGCAGGGGGCGACGGUGUUCUCCAACGUAGCAGGUGAUUCUCUGAACACCCAGAAUGAACCAGAGGAGACUGUGAAAAAGGAGAAAAAAUCUGAAGCCCUGAAUAUCAGAGGUGUGCUUUUGCACGUGAUGGGCGAUGCCCUGGGGUCAGUGGUCGUGGUGGUCGCGGCCAUCAUAUUCUAUGUGCGUCCCCUGCCCCCUGAGGACCCGUGUAACUGGCAGUGCUACAUCGACCCCAGCCUGACUAUCUUCAUGGUCAUUAUCAUUUUGUCAUCUGCCUUCCCACUCAUCAAGGAGACUGCUGCCAUUCUGCUGCAGAUGGUCCCCAAAGGCCUGAACAUGGAAGAGCUGAUGAGCCAGCUCUCAGCUGUGCCGGGGAUUAGCAGCAUACAUGAAGUGCACAUCUGGGAACUUAUAAGUGGAAAGAUCAUUGCCACACUGCACAUCAAGUAUCAGAAGGACAGGGGCUAUCAGGAUGCCAGUAGGAAAAUUCGAGAGAUCUUUCACAGUGCGGGAAUCCACAAUGUGACCAUCCAGUUUGAGCAGGUGGACUUGAAGGACCCCGUGGAACAGAAGGACCUGCUGUUGCUCUGCAGCUCCCCCUGCAUCUCUAAAGGCUGUGAGAAGCAGCUGUGCUGCCCUCCAGGGGCUCUACCCCUGGCCCACGUCAACGGCUGCGCAGAACACAAUGGCUGUCCCCCUCUUGACACAACUCUGAGUGAUAGCUUUGCUAGGCAAGAAACAACAGAAGUGGUUAUCGAAGUAUCUUCGGACAACUGUCUGAGUGACCAUGGACAAGCUCUUAGCAAAACUCAGGAGGACCAACAUUAUGUCAACAGCACACAUUUUUAAUCUGGUCCCCACAUAAACAGACUGUACAAACGAGGUAUUCUGGCUGGUGGAAAGACCUGUGUGGGCUGUAUCAAAUCUGCGGUGUGCUCGCUCUGUGUUCAACGAGGGGCUGGUUGUUUGGGAUGUUAAUUGCAUGUAUCUGUUAAUUUCUAUAUGACUGAGAACUUUACGUUGUCCCCGGUGUCUCAGGCUGCUCUUCAACAAACUCCCUGUUUUAGUUUGAACAUUUAUUUUAAGAAGCAAGCUAUGCUCGUAUCUGUGUCAGGGACGUUGAAGGCUGGACUCUAUGGCUGUGGACGCGGGAUUCAAAGCAGUUCCUGGUUUAUUUCCACUUUCUAAGGUACAACACAAUACAUGUAACUUGUAGCUGACUCUCAGGUGAGCUCAUAGCCAAGUACACUGAAAAAGCUUAAGAAUCGUGAUAGCUAUUUUUUUUUUUUCAUUCCACUAGAAGAUCACAAAAAGAGGAAAGUUGGAUAGUCCUAUCACUGCGGAAAUUUUUUUCUUUGACUCAUUUUUGAAUAAAUGAAAAGUGAAUGUCUAUUAGAGUAAAAAAUAUUCUCAGAAUAUUAGAGGAAGUGGAGUUUAUUAGGGGAAGACAGAAAGAAAAUCCAUUGACUACCUCUUCAUUUUGUGAGAUGGAGGGAGAACUAAUGUUUACUUUCCGCUGUGAAAUGAAUUAUAGCUGCAGGGUGCUUGAGAUGUUUAAUGCAUAAAAUACCUUUUUUUUCUACUUGGAAGUGUGGGAAUAUUUCUACUUUCUAAGGUACAACACAAUACAUGUAUCUUGUCUUGCAGAAUCAGUCCCCUGGGACUGUUCUCAUUUAUUGCAUAAUGGCUCACUUUUCCUUUGGGUCUUUUUUUUUUUUUUUUAAUAGGAUCACACUUAUAAGUAUAGCAUUUACCAGGAGAACAUGGGUAUUCCUGAGAUAGAAGACUAUAUGACACUGAGUAUUCAUUCCUGCCAAAAAAAAAAACAAAAAAACAAAAAAAACAAGCUAGAUUGAUUUUUCUUUCACUAGGCAUAUUUUGAAGUAUUUAUUACAGUUGCCAACAAGUGACCUGAUGGAAAAGCAUAUGUGUAGGGAAACAUUGCUGCCUUUAAAUGUGUCUUGGGGAGCUUAGAGUUUCCCUUCUUUCCUUUUCUGACUCUGAUCCAUAUUACCAAUUUCAAAUAAAUUUAUUAGACUCUAAUUUGGAUCUAUAAUCGACUUACAUUAGCAUUGGAGAAGCGUCUGUCCUGUAUUGAACACAUUGUUGAGGCAGCAGUAUUUUAAUCAGAGGAGUUUCAAGAUAGGUCUGAGAAGGUGGAAGAUACCCUUGUAGAGAACUAGAGUCUUACCCGAUGGGUUGCAAAAUUAACUGGCAAUGGUUGUCUCUUAGGCUCCAGGCACUGAGUCCUGUUUCAUAUCUGCACAGUAGUCAGCAGAAAUGCUGGCUUGGUCACGGAAAAAGCGCCCGCAUUUUUCAGCACUAAUACCGUCUUUAAAAAGGGCCUUCGUGUUCAUUCUAAGGCUGAAAUAAAUAAGCAGCUGUGAUCAGGAGGAUAGGAAUCUUUUCUCUUCCCUUGAAAAUUUAUGAUCUGAGUUUAAAUUGGCCAUGAAUUAAGUAAAUGCAUUUUUAUCCCUAGCUGUUUAUUGGACUAGUCUGUAUAGCCAAAAGAAGGGUUAAAAAAAAAAAAAAGGACAGUGUUUUUAUUUUUGAUACUAAAGGUUCAGCACGUACUCACAAACAAAAACAAAAACAGAAACAAAAACCAGGGGAUUCUCUUUGACGCUCACCACGGUGAUGAGUGGAUGAAAUUCUAGACGAGUGUUGGUUGAGAUGUCUUGACUAGAACCAAAGAAGAACUGUGUCCCUCAUUUCCAAAUUUGAAGAUCUAAUUUGAUUUUACCUCGUUCUGCUUUUAUCAAAAGAUUAUAAUUUUACAGUUUCUUUGCAGCUGGCUAAAGAAAUGCCUACUGGUUUAUACCCAGAUAAUGUUCUUUAAGGUAAAGUCACUUAAUUCGAAUAGAACUAAAUUUACCUCAGAAAAGUAGCUUUAUGGACACUUACAAAGGGUUAAUGUGAAAUAAUCCCUUUUAAGACAGUUCGAGUACAUUUAAAGUGUUUGAGCAAGCUAAUUCAGUGCAAUAUUUUUGUGUGAGGCUCGGUGCUUUCCUUCGUCUUCUCCAGCACUGUGAUGCCUGCAGUCUGUCUGGUCUCUUUACUUGGGUUUUGCUCUCUCAGGGAAAGGUGGGAUUUUUCUGUUCCUCUUUGAGGCAGCCUUGCCUGGUGGCAGUAGGUCUGAUGAACAGUGGCGUUACCAACACAGUUUUUUUCUGAGAUUAGAAAAACGCGAUCGUUUAUGUUAGCAUCCCUGUGUGCGUAGGGCAGUUCCAGAGAUCUUUCUCUUUUUUUAAGGAGAUGAAAAUAAUUUUUGAAAAGUCUAGGGCAUCCUCUGUGUGCCUGGUCAGGGACAGCCAUCCUGCACACUAACCUAGAUGACUCAAGGGAUGGUGCUUGCUUCUUCUGCCGUCUGUCCUUCUGUCUCCAUAGAAAGAGUCCAUUCCUCUCUAUUGCAGCAUUGGCUGUGGGAGGUCCUGUGUUUGCUUUUAUCGUCCCAAUUUCAACUUUGGCUUGGAAGAGAGAGGUGAAUUGUCUUCAUGACCCCUGGCCAUUAUGAAUAUCCACGAGAGCUCUCAGGCUCCACUGUGGACAGCCAAAAAAAAAAAAAAAAAAAAAGUAUGAUCCCUCUAAUGACUGAUAAAGCAUCAAUAAAAUAGGGAGACAUUGUUUGAGGAAGAAUUAAAAAUAUUCUUUAUAUUGGUUAUUUUUUUUUCUCUUUUUGCCACUAGCUGGUCAAACUCUAGUUGGGGAUAAAUCAGGAAUGCCAAGUUCUGUAGGAAAGCGUGCUUUCAAGAUGAAAGAAAUCACGGGAGUAGAUUUGGGAUUAUAAUAAAGGCAGCUGCCCUGUAAGUAAGAACUUCUGCUAUGCUGUCUUAGCAUUAGGGACAUUUUCAACUGGAUAAUUCCUUGCUGUGUGGGGCAGUCCUCUGCAUUGUACGAUGUCGCGCAGCAUGUCGGGCUCCUGCCCUCUCAGAUACACACCCACGAAUAGUGACAAUAAAAAAUGUCUCAGGACAUCACCACUCUCUGGGCAAAUUGGUCUCUAGUCCUGAGCCCACCGAGUUAACCUAACGAUAGUUGAGAAUUAUUGUUGAUAAAAGUCCCUCCAGAGCCCUGUAAUCAUUUUAAUGGGAUCAGUUCUGCAGAAUUCACUCUUUAAGAAAUAUUUUUCCAGGAGAGAUCAAACAGUUCACUGAAAUGACAGUCAUCUGUACCUAGGAACUUUGGACAUUUAAAGGGAAGAUAUAAUUGGGGGGGGGGAGGCCUUACAAAUCCAAUUAGGCAGAUCAGUUGAUGUAACAGUGAAUGAAAUGAAGAAAAAAGCAUUUGUUCUCACUGUUCUGUCAUGACCCCUUCAACUCAUGAAUGUCCUCAGUUUGAUGAACUCCUUAUAAAAUGAGACCAGAAAAUACCAGUACGAUUGCUUGUGGGUGUCUAAGUUGUUUAAUUCAUCACUGGUUUUAAGCUUGAUGAGGUUUCUUCUAUUGGUUCCAGACAAGCAGCUCAUCUUCAUGCCAAGGACAAGUUUAGAUCCUAAAAAAAAUUCUGUAUUGUCUGUGGUUUGCUUAAUCCUUUGCCAACACAUAGCACAUUUUCCCCUGGAGGGACAGAUACAUUUCCUGCUUUUAAAUAUAUCUUUACACUCUUGCAAUUAAAGACUGCAAAAAAGGACUGUGUUAGGGGAAAACGCGUCCUGAUUUGGGUUUUGAAUUUAGACUGAAUGAUGGCUCCAUGCCUAUUGCCUAGCUUUGCCCUUCACCUGCUAAGUUUUUACCCAUUUGUACUUCUGAGUGUAUUUGCACAUGAGUCGCCGCCACAAGUAGGAAUGAAAGUGUUGAAUCAGGAAAGUGGCUGCUCCAGUGGAAAUUGCAUCAGACCCUAAUCCUCACCGUGAUCUAAAUGCCCUCAUGACCUUGGAGAUAAGCAAAUGUGUAUUGUCAUGUUUGGAGCUUCUCUUUUCAAGUGUUUUAUUCUGGACCUUUUCGUUUACAUGGAACUUUCUUGAAUAUUGCUGCAUGGAUCACCUGUCUGUUCUUGGUACAAAGCCUGGCCAGAGACAACGAACCCGCUGUGAAUUCUAGUGGGAAUCUUCCAGGAAGGACGAUGAUAUUUGGAGAAGGGUGACCCCUUCCAGCAGGUCCGAAGUUAAUGUUACAGUAUUAUGGAGUUUUGUUGCUUCAAGUCUUCCUGUUGUCCUCACAGGCGAUUUUGCCGAAGUGUCAUUGUCGCCUUUGUGGGAACUAUUCAAACUUGAAGAUACAAGGUUUAAAUAACUCAUUGCGCAUUCAUGUGAAAUCCCCCAGUAAUGUAUGAACAUGCCCACCUGUAACAGUGAAAGAUGUUCAAUGGUGCUGUAAGAGAAAUUAAAAAAGAACCACACACAC